AUGUGUAAAAAUGUACCCCGUGCUCAUAGGGCUCGACAACGAGGCUGUCCUCCAGUGCCCCUUGAGCUAUCCAAGUUACCCUUUGGAAUUGACACACUCCUCGCUUCCCUCCGCGCAGACCGUGACCAGCGCACACCAGACCACGUCGCCAACCGCUUCGCCGCCCUGGGCGUUUACACUUUCCGUAUGUCCAUCUUAGGCACCACCAACCUCGUCACCGCGGACCCUCGCAACAUUCAAGCAAUCUUGGCAUCUCAGUUCAACGACUUUGGCAUGGACGCCACGCGAAGUACAAAUCUGAAGACUGUGUUGGGUAGAAGCAUCUUCGCGGCCGAUGCAUCUCUUGAUGGAGACGAUUCCCACCCUGGAAUGGAGUUCCAUCACGCCUUUGAGCGCAUGGUGGCUGUCCUCGGCACGCGCGUCCGCCUACGCAGCUUCUACUGGCUCUACGGCACGCGCGAGCUGUGUUCAUGCGUGGAUACUCUACAUGCUUUUGUCGACAGUGCUAUUACCGCCUCAGAUAUGGCCAAAAAGGAGGGCUCUUCCCAGGCACUAUAUGACUUUCUUAAUGUCCUCCACGAGCGAUGUAGCGGUGGCGAUGAAGAGGUCAGGGAACAAGUCCUUGGGCUUCUCGCCGCGAGACGAGAUACCACGGCCUCAUUGAUGAGUUGGAAAUGGUACUGCCUUCUCCGUAACCCUCGUGUUUUCGCAAAACUUCGCUCCGAGAUCAUUUCUACCUUUGGCUGCAGCCCUGAUGGCCCUUCGGUUACGAUGACGUUUGCUUCGUUGAAAGAAUGCACAUAUCUUCAGCACGUGCUCUCCGAGACCCUGCGACUACACUCCGUUGUACCCUUCAACUCCCGCCGAGCGCUCCGCGACACGAUCCUCCCAAUGGGCGGCGGGCCGGACGGAAAGAGUCCCAUCUUUAUACCUGAAGAAACAGAGGUCAACUUCAGCACGCACGUGCUCCACAGGCGUAAAGACCUCUGGGGCGAGGAGGACGCGGACGACUUCGUUCCUGAGCGGUGGGAGAAGAAGAGGGGAGCCGCGAGCGCCGCAUGGCAUUUCGUACCGUUUAAUGGAGGUCCGAGGAUCUGCAUCGGGCAGCAGCUCGCGUUGACGGAGGCCGGGUAUGUUCUUGUCCGAAUGCUGCAACGGUAUGAUGCCGUGAAAGGACUAGAUGUUGACCUGACCCGUGAUUGGCAUAACUUCACCGUAGUGUGUAGCCCAGGAAGUCCCGUCAAUAGGAAUCAGGCCGUUCUGUGCCAGUUGAAGCUGGCUUGA